AUGAACCGGCUUCAUGUAGAAAGAAAACCAUUCCUGAUACCUAUAAACGAAGAAACAAAGCAUGGAGGAGAAAAUCGAUUGGCAAAGACUGAAUUCCCUCCUCAAAAAAUCCUGAAAUUCUCUUUGGACAAUUGCCUUCCUGUAGUUCCGUGCCACCAGGGACUGUUUCCUGAGUUAACCCCGAGAACUGUGGAUGACUUACCUCCUCCCCCUAAAAUAGACAAAUACAAACUUGCAAGAUUUUUAACAGACAAGGCGAUCAGGGAAAAGAGAAUCUUUACCAUCUGUGGACCUUAUCCAGUGAUUCGCACAGCUUUAAGGAAGAGAGGAUGGGUGGAAAGAAAGAACGUGAUUAAAUGUGACAUUCAGGACCAUAAAGAUGAUUCAAAUGAAACAGAACGUGACAAUGUUUGCAAAGCUGAAAGCAAAACUGCCUUGCUGGAAGAGGAAAAACAUUUUACCAAUUCAAAUGACAUCCAUGAUAUAAUGUCUAGGUUGGUAAGAAAUGAAGAAACCUCUUUUUACUGGACUAUAAAAAAGGAUGCCGUUGAUUACUAUAAUCUCCACAUUGAUCAGAUGCUCAACCAUUAUGCAAGAACUGGCUCUUUUACAACCAAAAUUGGCCUUUGUUUGCACAUGAGGAAUUUGCCGUGGUAUGUGCCAGCCAACCCAAGCAAUUUCUUCCCUCGAUGUUACGGCAUUUGCAUGGACGAUGAGAAAUAUGAUUUUAUUGAUGACUUCAGAAAAACAGCAGCAUUCUGCAUCAUCAAACGGAUUGUUAACUUACAUAUUUCUGGUGAUAACUAUAACUGGCCAUGUAAAGAAAACACCUAUAAAGAAGGUGCAACUCCAACUAAAGAUCCUGUGGUAAAGCAAGUUAAAGAGCUUCCCGGAGAAGUAGUAGAAAUGGCUUGCAAAGUAUGCGAAACCUAUCUUGAGCAAAUUGAACAUGACGACAUCGACAGAGAGGUAGACAGUACUCCAGUACUUUCGGACAGAGAAUGGAAUCAGUUAAUUGAACACUACUACUCUCUCAUUCAUGAGGGUGCAGUGAUUUGUAAUGCAGAUAGUCAUUUCAUUCGGUGUCAAAACUUUUUGCACAAAAUUACGCUAGCAAACCCACAGCAAGAGAUUGAUGGCCUUCACAACAUCUGGAUUAUUAAACCUGGAGCAAAAUCCCGCGGUAGAGAAAUCGUAUGCAAGAACCGAUUGGAUGAUAUCUUGAAACUAGUUGAACCAACUGAACAGUUUCCAAUGAAGGAUCAUAAGUGGGUCAUCCAAAAGUAUAUUGAGACACCACUACUGAUUUAUGAUACAAAGUUUGAUAUUAGGCAGUGGUUUCUUGUGACAGACUGGAACCCUCUGACAAUAUGGUUCUAUAAAGAAAGCUACCUGAGAUUUUCUACUCAGCGUUUCUCCUUAGACAAUCUGCACAGCUCCAUUCACCUUUGCAAUAAUUCCAUUCAGAAAAAUUACAAGAAUGCACAAGACCGCAGUUCUCAGUUGCCACAUCACAACAUGUGGACAAGCAGCAAAUUCCAAGACUAUUUGCAAAAGAGAGGCCUUGGCCAUGUCUGGCGCAAUGUCAUCUAUCCAUCCAUGAAAAAAAUCUUAAUCUAUACAAUGAAGAUGGCUCAGGACCAAGUUGAACCACGGAGGAGCAGUUUUGAACUCUAUGGAGCAGAUUUCAUUCUUGGAAAUGACUUUAAACCUUGGUUGAUUGAAAUCAAUAGCAGUCCAACCAUGUAUCCUUCUACUCCAAUUACAUCAGACCUAUGUGCUCGGGUUCAGGAAGACACAAUCAAGGUCAUUAUUGACAGGAAGUUUGACAGAAACUGUGACACUGGAAGCUUUGAACUUCUCUGGAGACAGCCCAUGUUGGAUCUGCCACCAUUUAAUCCUACUGACCUUUUUGUGGAAGGUAUCAGUGUUAGGAGGCUGAAGAAGCACCUGGUUUCCCUUACUAAUUUUAGUUUAUUUGAACCACUGCUGAGUUUAACGCAACCUGCAACCCGUCAAGAAAGUAAAGGAGACUCCGUGACACCUGCCAACGCCAAGCAAAAUGCAAAAGGGAAACAUGGAAACAGCGUUCCUUGCACCUUGCCAAAGACUGUCAAGAAGCUGCAGGAGAAAAGCGUUAAAGUAAAAAGCGCACACAAAAAGCCUCUCAGAACCAUAGACUUUCCUCGCAUAGUAGAAGGCCCUGAAGCAAUAUCCACAUCUGACAAAAAAAAGACAAAAGCAGUUAAAGAGCCAAGCCAUCAGACUGGAAGCCAAGCAGUCGCUACCUUUCAAAGGUCACAUACAUUAGACUGGGCAAUACUUCAGCCCUCUAAAGAUACAGGUCUACAGAACAAAAACAAGAAGACGUCAUGCCUGAUUUGUGAUGGUUUCCAGUCAGAGAAAACUUGUAAAAACUGCAACUCUUUUUGUGCGACUGUAUUACAAGGUGGUUCAUAUUUACCUAUGAGUCCGUGUUCUCCUCCUGAAAAGAUGGCAAAGAACAGACUGAGUGUCCCAUGUUAUGGGCUUCCAAAAUACUUUUGA